AUGGACUAAGAGAGUGUUUUCGAUCUAUCUUCUUUAUCAGAUUUUCGAUCAGAUUAAGGUCUACAAUAAUUGUAUAUUGUUAGAGGGAGAUCUGAAUAAUUAUAGGAAUAGAGCAAAUUGGUGAAGGAACACUUGCAAAGCUUGAAUAAUGAAAUUAAUGGAGGCUUCACUAAUCCUUUGAAAUCGUUGGUGAGUAAGCAGAAGAAUAGAUUCAUAAUGGAUGGGUUUGAUUUAGAUUUGACAUACAUCACUGAAUAGGUGAUUGCAAUGGGGUUCCCAGCAAUAGAUUACGAAGCCAUUUACAGAAAUUCUAUGGAAGACGUUCAAAGGUUUUUCAAUUAGAGACAUAAGAACCAUUACAAGAUUAUUAAUUUAUGUUCGGAGAGAAAAUAUGAUCAUGCAUAUUUUGAUGGCAAUGUUUCAGAAUAUCCCUUCGACGAUCAUCAAGCGCCUCAAUUUAAUAUGAUCUAUGAAUUGUGUGCAGAAAUCCACAACUAUGUAACCCAAGACAAACAGAAUGUUGUUGCCAUUCAUUGCAAAGCUGGCAAAGGCAGAACGGGAAUCAUGAUUUGUUGCUACCUUCUUUUCUCGGAGUUGUUUAAAAGCAGCUUCGAGGCCAUGAGAUAUUAUGGCAUGAUGCGCACUAAAAAUAAUAAAGGAGUUACUAUACCUUCUUAAAUCAGAUACAUUCUAUAUUUUGAGAAGGCUCUUCAAAUGGGGUACACAGUUCAAGAUGUACCCCAACCCAAGAUUCAAAUUUUAUAGAUUCGCUUGAUUACUAUACCUUCAAUGAACUACUCUAAUUCAUGUACUCCUUAUAUUCUCAUUCAGAAUUAUCAGAAUUAAGCUACUUUCACUAAAUUUCAAAUUGUAAAUGAUAGUUUUAUUUUAUUUACUGUUGAUAUAAUAGUUGAAAAAGAUACACGUAUUAUUUGUUAUAAUAAAACACUGAUGGGCAAAGAAGUAAUGUUUUAAUUUUGGUUUCACACAGGUUUUAUAGAAUCCAAUGGACUAUUAGUUAUUGAUAAAUAUAUGCUUGACAGAGCUGUUAAGGAUAAAAAACACAAGAUAUUCUCGCCCAAUUUCAGAGUGGAAGUACAAACUAUUACACUACCCAAUUGA